AUGUUCGGUCUUACGAAUAUCGCUAUAUUCGUACUGUUGAUCGUUUUGAUUAUUAUCUCUAUUUAUAUAUGCGAAACAUCCGUGGUCUCUUUAAACUACACGGAGACCCGGAUACCCAGGUUCGUGACGAACGCGACGUUUUCGCCGUUCCCGAAAACCAUAGACGUCGAAAACCGAAACAAGGUGUGCGACGCCAACACGUUGGAAAAAUGUUCGGUUUCCGACAAGACCACGCAAAGAGUUGCUGGUGCACUGUCACCAUUUCGAAAAAGACACGGUUUACGUGAACGACGCGAACGUCAAAACCACGAUACCGAAAAACACGAAACCCGACGAGGGGUACUCGCUGGUACUGGGCAAUCUAAAACAGGCGUGCAACCCGUAUCACGGGGACCUCGUGGUGACGGUAAGGAAUAG